CAAGAUGUGUUUAUAGUAAUGUUUAUUUGUACGUUGUACGUAGUUAGUUAAAUUGCGGGCUCUGGUUAAUUAUUCCACGAUUUCUGAUGCCUAGUGCGAAGUUUUCGUAAUACAACGUACUCAGUAAUUAAGUUUGCAAAGGCUCUUAUUAGAUUGUAAUGCGCCGCAAACGUCGGAGGCAGUGCGUCUGUUGUCUCUGUCGCGGCGGCCGGGCACACCUCCGUUGACCUAUUUUCUGGUUAUUGCAUUCAACCUAACUAUUUAUGUCUUGGGGUGUAAGUGGGCCGCCGGUUUUGCAUCGCGUAUGCAAUAAUUCAGUUUAGCCCCCGUCAGCCACCGUUGCAGUCCAUAAAUCCCAGUUAAUUGAUCUCUAAUAUAUAUUUAAAAGUGCAGAAAGUAAUGUGACUUUAAUCAUUUGAUUCAGUGCUGUGCAAAAAAUGAGAACUAAUGAUUAAAAUGUUGUAUUGUCACAGAUAUUGAGAAUCAAGAGGACAGUGAAUUGAAGUGUUAUUUGUAUAGUAGUGGUGGUAUGAUGGCAUGUUGUGUGCCGGCCAGGGUUUUGGGUUUGAUAAAGGGUGAGAAGACUGCAAUAUGAUGGACUCGGACCUGCCACCUGGUAGUUGCAACUCUACUGGACAUCUGUCCACAAUCGGAUACCAUACUCUGCCAGGCCGCAUGCACCACUCCGCCAGCACACCGGCGGGGGUGGACGGCGCCGGCGGUGGCUCGCGCACGCCCCCCGCUACUCCCAAGAAGGGCGGCAAGAUGCUCGCCGUCAGGGUGCAGAUGCUGGACGACUCCAUAUCAAUGUUCCAGAUACAGUCGAAGGCGUUAGGCAGGGUGCUCUUCGAUCAAGUAUGUCGACAACUCCAUCUUCUGGAAGCGGAUUACUUUGGCUUGGAGUAUCUGGACGCGAAUGGCACGAAGUACUGGUUGGACUCGGAGAAGCCGAUGUGCCGGCAGGUGGGCCUCUCAAUGCUAGAACCGACCCUCCGCUUCUGCGUCAAGUUCUACACGUCGGACCCGGCGCGGCUCGAGGAGGAGUUCACGCGGUACCUCUUCUGUCUGCAAGUCAAGAAGGACCUGGCCACCGGCUGUAUACAGUGUAAUGAGAACACUGCUGCUCUGAUGGCCAGUUAUAUUGUACAAGCGGAAUGUGGUGACUUCGUACCCGAGGACUACCCCGACCACACCUACCUCAGUGGCUACAAGUUCUUCCCCGGACAGGACUCGGAGUCCGAGAGGCGAAUAAUGGAGAACCAUAAAAAGCAUCUAGGCCAGAGCCCCGCCGAGGCUGAUUUGAACUUAUUGGAAACAGCGCGGAGGUGUGAAUUAUACGGUAUAAAAAUGCACCCGGCUAAGGACCACGAAGGCGUACCUCUAAACCUCGCGGUAGCCCACCUAGGUAUCAUAGUGUUCCAGAACUACACCAAGAUCAACACCUUCAGCUGGGCAAAAAUCAGAAAGAUAUCGUUCAAGAGGAAAAAGUUCCUCAUUAAGCUGCAUCCUGAAGGCUAUGUUAGCGGCUACUACCGCGACGUGGUAGAGUUCUUCUUCGACGGCAGAAACGAAUGCAAGAACUUUUGGAAGAAAUGCGUGGAGAACCACGGCUUCUUCCGGUGCUCGAGCGUGCAGCGCCAGCCGAGGCAGAAGACCAGGGUCAUAUCCAGAGGAUCCUCGUUUAGGUAUAGCGGUAAAACUCAGAAGCAGAUCGUGGAGUACGUGAGAGACAACUACGUGAAGCGACAAACAUUCCAGAGGUCGGGGUCGUUCCGCGCGUCGCGCUCGGUGUGCGGCUCGCGCGGCAACGUGGCGCCCGCGCCGCCCGCGCUCAACCAGAGCCUCUCCGCGCACCCGCUGCUGCCGCUGCCGCCCGGCUCCGACGCGAUUUCCCUGGAGUGGGACAAGCAACCUCACUACCUGGAGGCUUCUCUGAUGAUGAAGGGCUACACUGCGGAGGAAGCUCGCGCAGCGGCGGCGCGGGCGCGGCGUCCGGCGGCCGCGACUCGCCCGCCUCUCGCAGCUACCGCCUAUGCCAGCACGAGAGACAAGCUCACAAAACUCUACCGCGAUCAAAUCGCUCCCGAGGUAGUGACCCAUGUCGAGGUCAAUCAUCAUCCUACGGAGGAUUCGCCUCUGCCUCAUCGGACGACGACACCAUUGGUUUCUCCGGAGAGUACAUGGAGCCAGGCGAGUUUCCCGCGUGCGCGUGGGCCCGGCCGCGCGCCCAGUCCGCCGCCGCGCGCGCGCCCAGGUCAGAGCCCCCCCGCCUCGCCCCCGCCCCGCUCCCCGCCCGCCGCCGCGCCCCCCUCUAGCGGCUACCCGGACUUCGUGCUCGCCAAGCACUCGUCGAGCUUUAAGAAGUCGUCCGAGCGGCUCGAGUACGAGCUGUCGCAGAGCAACAUGUACUCGGCGUGCGGGUCCACGCGCUCGAGCCGCUCGGGCGGCUCGCUGCUCGUGGAGGAGGACGGCGAGCGCGACCAGCCCGAGCCGGGCCGCGCGCGCAUCACGUGGCGGCGCAGCGCCUCGUGCCGCAACCUGCGCGACUACAGCUUCGACGAGGCGGGCCGCGCCAAGCGCCGCCGCGACGCGCGCUCGCUGCUGGCCGACCUGGACGCGCUGUCGCGCCUGGACUCGCCCGUCACGCGCUACGACGAGGCCCGCACGCGCGCCUUCGUGUUCGGCGAGCGCGGCUCCGUCGAGUCCGCGCGCAUGUUGCUAGGUCGUGCUUAUUCCUCGUCGUUUCCAGGUGCGAUCGGCGAGCCGCGCCUUGACGUGCCACCGUUCGCGCGUACCGGUUCGCAGGAUGAUUUAUCGCAUGAUAGUUACGAAGUUAUCGAGCGCUCCGACGACGAGUCGGAGACUCGCCGCUACGCGCGCAUCCAGCCGGUCGGGCGGCGCAGCGUCGCGCACACGCGCUCGUGCUCGCUGGACUCGGGUAACGACCUGCCGUCCGACGACGACCGCUCGCUGUCGCACCUGUCGGAGAGCGACGACCACGAGGGCGCGGUGGACGAGGUGGUGGGCCGCUACCGCAGCGACACCGACAUCCCGCUCGACCCCUUCCUGGCCGACGACCCGCGCGUGCUGCCGCGCGAGAAGCUCUCCGUGCGAUCCGACGGGAACUUCUACAAGGAGAUCAAACGCGCUCUCGGCUCGCGAACUUCUAGCCAGGAGUCUAAGAGCGACAUUUAUGACCCGAAAUUAUCCAAAAGUAGUGCAGAAUCUAGUAAAAAAUCGCGGGACAGCGUUUAUCAUACGGAUAGCAAAAAGUCCCGGGAGACUUUAAAGAGUAAAAGCUCAGAUAGGUCCGGGUCACGUACUUCUAGUCAGGAUUCAAAGUCAGAUUAUUAUGAUUGUAAAAAGAAUUUGUAUGAACCAGACGAGAUAAGCAUACGGCGACGUAGUAUUACUAGUAUACAGAACGCUUACAUUGAUCCUUUCGAACCCAUUUCACCUUCAUCAAGUCCGGAUUCCACGAAAGAUUUCUUCGACACUCAGUCCACUUUUAUCGGCAUGGAAAAACCCGAAUAUCCAGAGAAGACCUUGUUUGAUAAAUCUCAUGAAGAUUUGAUUGCUAACUUAGCGAAUUCUCCCAAUUAUUAUCAUAUAUCCACCCCUUACUCGACUUUCCCAAGCAAUAGUAAGCAAGUAAAGGAGCCCAGUCCCAUGCACUCUGCGAGUUUACAGAAUGUUGAUCUCGAACUGUACUCCGGUCAGUUCUCGGACUCGAGCCCGACGAAGAAGAUUGAUGAGUUAUCGACUACCGAGGACGAAGACAUACAUCCUCAAACAACGCACAUUUGGCCCGAAAAAAUAGUUGGUCUCGAUACAGAGAUUGACAGCAGUAGGGCUGCGAAAAUACACAGCUAUCAGCGUCGUCGCUCCUCCGAAACUGUAUUUAGUUUCGAUAAAGAGAAAAUAGAAUCUCUAACAAGAUCAAUCAGCAAAGAGAAUACUACAUCUCAUCUAGUCAAAGAAUCUUCUAACGAGUCGGAUGUCAAUGUGAGAGUGUUGCCGGCUAUGGACAGUAUUGAGUAUGCUAAGAAUAAAGCAAAACAAGCAGCUAUUCAGUCCGGUACUGCGUCAAUUCUCCAAUCUGAGUUCGAUAAGCGUGGUAAGGUCCACACGCAUAUCAUACGAAAGGAGAAUUUGAAGGAAGAGUUGAUGGCUAAAACACACUUUGAUGAGUAUAAUCCCAAACUUAUUCUCGAGACGAGUUCAAGUAGUCGUUUAGCUGAUACUACCGUUCCUUAUACGCAUCCUACUGUCGAACGCACUAAGAGUGAUCCGAACAGUUUGGCGAACAGACCUCGUUUUAGCAGUGUAAACUCUCGCAGACAUGUGUUAAUGCAUCAAAAGUCUAUUGAUCUAACACCAGCAGAGUCCAGUGACGAAGAUUACAUAUUCCGUCAGAUACCCAGUGCUCCACCUAUUGCUACUAAGCGGUCUCACUUUGAAUUGCCUUCGAGGUUACCUGAUCAUGUACGACCUCAUUUCGACUUGCCAAAGAAUUACUUUAAAGAGUUUGAUGCAUUCAAAGCUGGUUUUAAAGAUAACAAGAAAAUCGACGAUGGUUACGACAUUCCUUAUGUGUUACAUAAACGGCAUGUAAUGAAUGGAACUGCUCCAUCUCCGCAUGAUGAUAAUCACCAGCCUCCAGAUAUAAUCAUGCUUCCACCGCAAAACGGUCGCCAUGUAGUCAGCGCCCACCCCAGAUGCAAGUAUCAUGACCAUCCCAAGUCUCCACGGUCGCCUAAAUCGCCAAAGUCACCCAAGUCUCCUAAAUCACCCAAGUCACCGAAAUCACCGAAGUCUCCCAAGUCACCAAAAUCUCCUCGCAACAGCGUACAAAUCGAACAUUCCUCUAAGUUCCUAGAAGUAGAAAGUCGUGACUUUUUGUUUACGCAAAACAUCGACUUGUCCAAAGUAGACCCGGUGACUUUAGAGGUUGAUAAAAGCGGGCAAUUACAGCAUCUGCCUAGUCCUAAACGAGAUAUCACUAAGAACUUAGAUCCCAUUCUACUAGAGACAUUGAACUCGAAGCUAAGUCAGAUAGAGAGUGACUCCGCAACGAGUUCUAAAACCGAUAGUAUACGGCAAGAACCGUUGUAUCCUCAUGAUAUAAAGUUUGCGAUCAAUGGUCGUAAUGUGCAACAGCCACCGAUAUGCAAAGAACCAAAGCCACUAACUGCGGCUGAAAAAUUACGAGCGGACAUUAAGUCAAAGUCGGAAAAGCUGCCUCCGAAAAGAGGUCAGAAGGCUAGAGGAACUGGCAAGAAGGGACCCAGCAGUAAAAUAAAAGGGAAGAGUAAUAACAAGAUAAGGAUUACAUCGUUCUCUUCAGAUGAUGAGAGUGUCGAUUCUGAUGAUGUGUUCGGUACCACCGAAGCGGCUCCUAAGCUAGAGUUCUCGCCGCCACAGUCUCGAAAAGAUCUGGAACCUAUACUACAACUCGAAUAUGAUAAGAUUACGUCUGGGGCUUGGCAUCGAGGUCAAACGAUGAGCUCCACGGAGAUCGAGGGCUCUCCACCUCAAUGUAGAAAACUAGCCGAACUGGAAGCUAAAUAUAACCCUCAAGUCAAUAAACUUGAUAGCGUGAGUGGUACCGCCACAGAGUUACGUCGAAUCUCUGAGAGGUCUAUUUCCAUUCCCAGUUCUGAAGAUGACGUGGCUAUUAAACUGCCUGAUCUGAAACAAGUCAGCAAAGAAAGUUCUCCCUGGGAGUAUAACGAGAAUAUUCCGUCGCCGAUUCUUGAAAGUACUGAGUUUUUGAAAUCGGAUGACGAACAUCUGGCGGAUAUGGAAAUACAGAAAGUUACGGGUAUACGCUCAUCGUCUGAGGAGAAAGGCGAUAAGAAGGAUUUUACAAAACUUGAUGUGAAGAAGUCGUUGCGGGAUGAAUUAAUUUCACCAAUGCUGCGCAAACCUGGUGGUACUCCGAUAUUAUUUGCUCAUGCGAGACUUAACCUUUCGGAAGGGUCAGUGUUCUCGCUACAGCGUCAGAAAGCUACCCAGGACUCGCCGACAGCCAGUCGAAGAGCCAAAAGCUUAGACACGCCUGUCAUACAGUUACAUAGACUACCGCCAAUGAACGCGUUCUCCUCCAAAGAUGAUACAGUUGAGGAUAUUAACGAAGAAGGCGAUAUACUCGAAGAAAAACCUUUGCUUGACGAAAAAGGUAAUAAAGCACCUGCUAAGAAGGACACUAUAGAUAAAAUCGAUGAGGUGGAGGAGGAACCACCUGUGGAACCCGAAGAAAUGAAGUCGGUCGUCAUAGACAACGAAGAAUUACAAUUGCUAGAAGACUUGGUUGAACAACGACGCCCUCGCUCGUUUAAACGUAGAUAUGAUUUGACGAAAUUGAAGUCACAUGCUUCACGAUCGCCACUCAGUAGGUCUCCGCUUUCCAGAUCCCCACUAUCCAAAUCACCUUCAAGGUCGCCUACGUCAUCGUUAAAUUCACCUCGUGGGAGCAUCCGUAAAUUGUCUGACUUAAGCGAAGAUCAAAUUGUCCCAGAUAUUGAAAGAAUCAAACGCAAAGAAAAGAAAAAAUUGACGCUUAAAGCUAAACCUGAGGAAAAACAGAAGAUAAGUAGUAAAUUGAACAAGGGUGGCUCCCUAGAUACGAAUGCUACUAAAGUCAAAGCUCUCCAGACGCAAAAAUCUCUGCCGUCGUCGUUGAAAGAGCGUCCAGACUUUUUGACUGUACCACCACUCGAUAUGGCUCGUGCUAAGAGUCAGGAGUUAGACCAAACCGCAAAGAAAAUUGCUAAAGAAAAAUCUAAGUCAUUAGAAAAGAUGGAUGUGAAACGAGGAAGCAGUAAGGAGCGUACCAAGUCACAAGAAGACAGUGACACUGAAAUAGCCAAACGUAAAGAAAAGCAACAAAUGUUAUUCGAAGCAGCUUUGAAACAAACUAAAACGUUAAUCAGCCCAGUAAAGGACACACUGCCGCCGUUCCCACCGCCUGAAGACAAAAUACUUGUCAAAACAGAAGGUGACAAGAUAAUCAUUGAAACUAAAAUAAAUAGCAAAGCUGAAGACCAUGUGUUCAUAGCUAAAUCUCCUAAAAAACUGGACAACAAACUAGGUGGCAAAAUCAGCAGGAGUUUCGAAGAUCAAAAGACUCCAAAAACACCGAGUAAAAUGAAUAAGAGCAUGGAUGAUAAAUCCAGUCAGUCGUUAGAAGAUAAAUUCGAUGAUCUCGCUGCUUUGCAAAAGUCACCGAAAACUUUAUCUAAAAAGCAAGAAAUCAAACAACAAAUUGAAGGAAAGGUUGUAUACCAAAAGAUAAGCCCUGGAGCUAAAUCAAAGAGCUUGGAUAGAAAGGCGGAUAUCCACUUAGAUGCUCAAGCAAAGUCGAAGAGUUUAGACAGAAACUACGUCACGCCUGCUUCAAUGUUACCGGAGAACGAAAAGCAUUUCAAACAAGAGGUAGUAAAGGUGGAUGUACAUCCCACGGUAGAUGAAGAACCAGAAGUAUUGCCGAAGGAGCCUGAAGUAAAGGACACAAAGGAAGUGUCGCCUUCCAACAGUUACAAGGAAAAAACUGAAGACGAUUCGUCUAUGGAAUGGAUGACGAGUUCCCAACAUACGAUAAUCGAAAACGAUACCCAGACUGUUAUAAUGGAGCGACGUAAAAUUGAUAUCUAUAACAAACAAAGGCAAAAUGAACUGCAGGAAAGUAAGAGUAAUCAAGACAUUCAUGAAUUGUUGCACGAGCGCAGACCAGAAGUGACUCGGGUGACCAGCGAGGAGGAGUCUCUCACAGAAGUUAGCGACUUAAAGGUGUCUGAUGAAAGCCAUAUGCUUGGAAUUUGCUUGCCGUACAUUGACGCUGAUAGUUCUUCGGAUCAGGAUCAGAAAAAGCCUAGAAUACCUCGAGGUAAGAGCGAUGACUCUGGCUCCUGGGUUACUGUCGAUUACGAAGAAACUACUCUAGACACUGAGCUACCGUUGUCAGACGGUAGUAGUAAGACCCGUAACAAGCGCACUCUCGAUCCACAAGGAACGUUUGACGAGUCAUCAGCAAGCUUGAUGGAGUUCUUAAAACACGAGUCUAUGUCACAAAUAAUGUCUGACAGUGAAACAGAACGUGGCUCAAAAGUAUCUCGCGAUCCUCCCAAGUCUAUAGAUUUAUCACUGAAAUGGAAAAACAAGAACAAAAUUAUCGUCACACCUCCCCAAGAGAACAGUCCAACAAUCGAAAAUAUACCGUUUAUUGAUUCGAGUACUUCGAAGUCGAAUAAAUCGGAAGGCGAACAUACCGGUAGCUCUGGAAGUGAUAAGUCUCCAACUGAACCUAAACCAGACCAGAGAACGUUGUUGACAGCUAAAUCUAGACGUAGCGAGUUAUUGAAACUGAGCGCAGAACGUUCUCGAAGCUCAGAGUCAACGUCUUGGACUAGCAUCGAGAAAGACGUUAGUCCUUCUAGCCACAUUAAAGGCAGUUCUAUUGAUGACGAAUCCAGUGUUAGUUGCUCGAUUGCAAGACCUCUGGGUAUAUCGCAAGAUAUAGAAAAGCUCAAUAAAAAGGACCGUGAAUGUUUGGAAGAACUAAAACAGGCCAUGGAAUACGGAGAGGAACACUUGCUUUCACAACACACUAUAUCAAGUGAUCACUCGAAAUCCAAUUCGAAAUCACCUUCCCCUAUACCUGAACUGACGCGUAUUGAAAGUCCAAGGAGCCCGUCAAAGUAUGGUACUAGAAAGUCUCCAACUCCGACGUUAGAGAAACAGGGUCAAGUAGACUCACAGAAAGCCCCCUCUGAUUCUGAUUCCAGUUCAGAGAGCAUUGAUAAAACAGUCGAACAGCUUUCCAGACCAAGUGUCAGGAAGAGUGCUUUAGACAAAAUUGGCAAAGCUGUUAUAGAAGAGUCCGAGUCCAGCCAAUCGGCUGCUUCUAAAGCUUCUGAUGCAGCUAAAGAACUUCAAAACACUGUUAAAAAGACCAAGAUUGCAAUUACGAUAUCUCAAGAAGACCAAAAUACAACUAUUGACUUUGAUGAUGAUGGUAACGUGAUAACGUCGUCGUUUGAAAGAGAUUUGAUGAAGAAACGGGCACUUAAAGAUCACGACCAGAAGAGUUCUUCCAAGUCGAGUGUUGACACUACGACUACUACGACUACUUCUAAAGGGUCUUUAAGUGUUGAUGAUUCUUCAUCCAGAAGGAAAGGUCGCCUUCUUGAUGAUCAAAAGAGUUCAUCUAAGUCUAGUAUGGACUCUCGCGGUUCUCUUAGUGUGGAAUCUAGAGGGUCAUUCGAAACCACAGAAUCUACUUCUGGGUCUCUUGGAGAAGCUUAUCGACGGGGUGAGGAACUAAAACCUACUUGGAGACCCUUCUUCGGCGCUUCGGGCAGUGAGAACAGUACAAGCAUCGAAGAAGCCUGGAUACCGCAAGAUCAUGAAGGGUACGAAAGUUUAGCGGCCAGUAAAGACGUGUUUGAAUACAACAACCAAAGGUUACUCGAUGAUUUCCAAACGUUUUCUAAAAAUCCUCCUUUGUCAGCAAAUACAUCUAAAGAUUCCACCGAUGCUGAUUUUACUGAUGACCUUAACGAUUUCCCGGUCAAUUUCUUAUACCCAGCUACAUCAUCAUCUAGUAAUACCUCUGAUGUUGUCAUUGGAUAUGGUCAAACAUUCGGUCGUACAUUGUCGCGUAUAUCGGAACGCAGCACUGCGUCUGAAAAGACCAGUGCCGAUGAAGACUCCACUAAGGCUUGUUCUCGUUCAGAAAGCAUUAAUGAAGAGUCACUGAACUCCAGUGACCACCAAGCUAGUCUUAGCUCUGAUCCACCUAGUAACGCGAACGUCGCUUACAUUUCAGACACGGACAGACGAACUUCCGCUGAAAUGCCAGACAUUCCAAUUGAUCAGACUAAGAUAAGCGAAAUGUAUGAAUCUAAAAGGGAUGUUGAAAAAGCGAGCAAAGCUUUUGAUGCACUUGAAUCUAAGAGGAGUAAUGGUAGUCCUUCCAAGCCAGGAGUACACACUCCGAAAGCACCAUCUAAGCAAUCUUCUGCCAGCGAAAGUCAGGAAUCUGACGAUUGGCCUCUGCCUGAAUUGCCACCUCAAGCAGGUUCUAGACCAUCUCAUUUAGAAGAGAUAGGUAGAAAGGAAUCAAGCGACUUUGACCAAUGGCCAUCACUUCCUUCUAGUCUACUAGAGACCCCCAUAAUAGAAAAAGUGCAUAUCUACUACAUGAGCAAUGAACCUGAGCAACCCACAAAGGUGGUGUUACAGUCGGAAAGCUCAAAAGACCAUUUGGCUGGUUCUGAUGACGACAGCGACACUCUCAAUAACGACGAUGACUUAGAAAAAGAUGUACCGGAAUCGAAAUCAGAAAAAUCUAACGAACUGAGUGAGGACUCUCCUAAGGCCGCUAAAGUAAUUCCGUAUGAUCAGUCUGGGUACAUGGUGGAACCUUUGGAGAAACACGAUGAAUAUACUUGUCACAAAAGUGUUGUACCAAACUACGACAAGUCUUGCCUGAGCGGUACUAUCAGUAAGGCAACUUGUCUCAUGGGCGAUGUCGGGUCCUGUUGUUCUCGCGCUGAACAUAAAUCGUUUAGCAUCAAGAACAAUCUUGAAGAUAAAGUCAUUAUAAGUCAGCCACAAAAAUCUCCCACAAAUCAUAGUCCUAUAUUUGAGGAUGAUCAUUUAUAUGCUGAUGACGUUUUCGGUGGUGACAGUAAGUCUUUAUCUCCGGAUUUUGAUAAAGGUUUCUCACAGUUAGGAACACAGAAAUGCUCGUUUGGUUCCAAUAAUUCUGAUACUUCUAUCGAUGAUCUGCUAUCGCAGACGAAUGCAGAGGAUACUGUUCGCGCUGUUGCUAAAUUGAGUACUGGAAGUGCUGGCACCUGCAAAAGAUGCAGUCACAGCAGCCACUCCGAAGAAGAAACUAGCUCUUUUGGCACUGAUUUAGACGGUACAGUUAAAAUCGGAUUACCUCAAAAGAAAUGUACUCACAGCUCGCACUCUGAAGAUACUUCAAUUUGCUUGAGUAUAUCUGAGUGGUCUACUGGCACUAACACGGUGCGCCAGUAUGCAAAUCUAUCUGCUUCUGAAAGUAUUUCUGGUGUCUCGGUACCUAAGAGUGACAAGUCCGACAAGGCUUCUAAAGUGUAUUCGUCUUCGCACGGGAGUAAGAAAAGUGAUCAAAAGCCAAAAAUGAGUUCUCAAGCUGAGAUGAGCUCUAAAAGCAGCAGUCUCGAUAAGAGCUCUGAAAACAUAAAGUAUGAUAAGCUUUGUAGCUCGGAGACAACUAUAUCUAGAAAGGGAAUGGACAGCAGCUCUGGCACAAAGAGCGACAGCACUUUAACUUUAGCGCAGUCCAUAUCAGACUGGUCAGCAAGUACUAGCCACACACUCAUAGCCACAGCCCGAGAAGAUCAACUGGAGGCUGACAACACUAAGUCUGAUGAUACCAUAGUAAAAGAUCCAGUCAACAUUGACGAGAAGCACGACACUGAGAUCGUCAUUACAACAGUAACUUCUCCUACAAAAGAGAUUGAAGAAGCCAAAGAACCAGUACUUAGAUUAACCGCUUCAUAUACUGGAAAAACAGAUAAAUCUUCGUCAAUUAGUUAUAGUGAUAAAUCUGAUAAGUCAAGUUCUAGUUCUCUAAGCAGCCUACAAAAGCACGCGAAUGGGGUGUUUCGAUUUGACCAAAGAUUGGAAGGUUUCCCACCCCUGAACGAUGAAACUCAUGAGCGCUAUCCUAAGGCACCGCCGAAAAGUCUGAGCUACGAAGAACAAACGCAUAGAUACUCCAAACCGACAAUGCGUUGUCAAAGUGAAGAUAGUGGUUUCAAACCGUAUUUUGUAAGUGAACAACCGGAGUUAGAUAUCGAUAUGCCUUCCCAACUUUACAGUCAGGAAGAAAAGCAUAGUGAGCGCUACCAAAGCCAAGAAUUUUCUAAUAUCAUUCGUGAAGAAGGGACUAGCAGUAAAUUUAUUCGAUCUGAUUACAAGCCUCUAGCUAAGCACGCUAGUUACGACGACAAAACACUGUCCAAAAAUCAAAUAAAGGAGUACAAAACAUCUCAGCAGUACCGUAGCAAGCCUAAGAGUUGGUCAUUCCAUGAACAUUACCUGGCUUCUUCCGAUUUACCAAUGAUUUCGGUCCCGGAAAUACCUUCGGUACACAGAGAGUUCUCCGAGAAGAGGUCUGCUGAGAGGUCGGGCAAGACUCCUUUGUCUCGUUGCUCUCCUUAUUACUCCAGCAGUCUGAGUUCAGAGUCUCCACCAAUACAACCGUUGAAAGCGCCUGUCAAAAAGUCUCUCCUUGUUCGAAACAUAUCACUCAAAAGUCCUCCAAGUGGUAACGAUACAGACAGCUCUUUAGACGUCAUACGAGACCCACGAGAAAGAAUGAAGACGUUUAGACGAAAGAAACAAGUUACGAGCGCACGCAAAAGACAGGAAAGAAUUCAAGAUGUGCUUGAGGAAGAUUCGACAAAAAGCCAAUACUCAUCGGAAAAUGAAAUGCUUGGAGGCAAAUAUUUGGCAGUGGAGGAGUCUUUGCGGCGCAUGGAAAGCUCGGAAUGCUCCGACAGCUAUUUGCCAGAAGUGGAAUCAGGAUCUUCCGAAAUGUCGAAAGGAGAUUCUAAACAUUACGAUAUACAGGAAGCCAGUUAUUCCGAGGACGAAGGGCAAGACGAGUAUGCCAAGUAUAAGAGUGCCAAUUACGAGGCACAACAAUUUCCCAUCAAUAUAGCGCCAAUGCAAUUCCAAGGAUUUGGUUCUUCCGCUGAUGAAGAUGAAAUGGGGUUUCCACGGUUUGAUAGACUAGGUCGUUUGCGCCAUCCUUAUCUCGACUCUCAAGAGCCGCCUUACGUAUCGGAAGACAGUCCUCCGCGAGUUUCGUAUUCGAACAAAAGUAGUCGUCAGUCUUCUUUAAAGAAGUCCAAAUCAUCGUCAAGUUAUCGUCAACCUGAAGAUCAAUCCAUGGGCGAACCAUCUGGGCAGCACCAGCAAAUUGUAUUUUACGAUGAACAAAGUGACAGAGACGACUCGGAUGACUACGCUUACCCGAUCGACACUAUUAAACGAGCUCCGAAAGUGCCGAAAUCUGGCAGCUACUUGUUUGAGCGCGGAGAGUCGGUCGCUUAUUCCGAUACAGAGCUGCCGCACGAUAAAGAUGAGUACGAGGAAUACAGGGGUAGCCCUUACCCCGAGCAUUACGAGGAAGUAGUGAUGUUCCAAACGCAGGAAUGUUACCCACAGUACGAGCACGAUAUGAAUGAAAGUAGGGAUGUUAAUCAGGAGCAAUACACUCGUGAUCUUGACCAACGUUUCAGUCUGAAUAAUGUAGAGAGGUUCUAUUCUAGUCACUACGUCGAUUCUCAGGCUUCCAGCGAUAGCCCUGAGCAAAAGUUCGAUGUGUCUACACUGCCCCCGCCUCUUUGCUCUGAUGAUGAAAAUGAUUAACUUAGAUGUAGUUGAAGUGCAAUUUCAUCAUAAUAUUUAAUUUGGUCGUUUUCGCCCCUCACAUCUGACGGCUGUGCGAUCACUAUUCGGUAUGCGAGCGCACUAGCUGGUCAGUAUUUCUAAAUUUGAAUUCCAAUUAAUGCAAUUAUUGUUAUAUUAAUAUUGAUAUUAGGGUACUCAUUAUAUUAAAUAUUUACAUUGUCACUUUAAAUAUUUAGCAAAAUAAAUUAAUAAGAAUAUCUAGUGCCAAUUCCCGAAUAGCGCGACCCUUUUGACUAUCGUGUGUGUCCGCGGACUUAUACCUAUAGCUUGUUAAGUAUUUAGGUGUAGUUAUAUGUGUAUUGAUUCAGAUUAUACAUCUUCAGACAUCUCCCUUAUAAUAUACUGAUCAAUAUAACGGUAACUCAAAUAUAAACUGUCCCUUAUACUCGUUACUUUAUAGUUUAUUUAGACCCUAGAGCUAAAGCUUGGUGGAACUGCAAUACAGGUAUAUUAAGAAUGUAGUGCCAAAUUCUUCUAGUCAAAUAUUUUAGUGUUUUCAACCUUUAUAAAAGUUAUAUUCGUUGGUAAAUAUAAUCCUGAACAAAAUAGUAUUAUUGUAAAGGCUGUGAUUUACUUUGUGUAUUAAGAUCCUAGAUCUGAGUUGUUUGGUUUAGGCGUUUACUGCUCAAACGACAAAACAUGUAUUGGUUACAUCGCACAUGCACAUUAUUUAUUGAUAUAAGUUUUUUUUAGAAUUUAUUAUUAUUUAAUUCGUACAUGACACUAGUUAUUGACAUCAUGGGAUCUGCAUUCGUGCCAAAUCUGCUCAAUUUUUUCCAACACUUUAUUAUGAUAAUUUAUUGUAACGUUUUUAAAUAAUGAAUUUUAGAAAUCUUAAAUAUGUUAUAGUUGAAAUAGAUAUGAGAUACGUGUCGUGUGUGGAUUAUAGUGCUGUUCAUUAAUGAUCAUCGAAGUCGAUUGAUUUUCGUUUAAUGUAUUACUUCCUACACAAAAUCCUUUGAAAUAAGCAGAAAUGCUGUGAGUUAGCAUAUGUAUAUUAUGUUUAAAAUGUUAGAAUAGAGAGUAGAUAAAGUAGAUAUAUUUCAUUUUGAUCAAAUCAAAUAACCAUUUUAACGCACUCCUAGUGCGGCAUUAAUAUUUCCAUGAAAUUGGGAUGGCCAAAAUCUUUCUUUUGUUUUUGAAAAAUUUUAUUGUAUAAUGAUGAUGAUUUAUUUGUUGCUAUUUAGUUGGUUAAAGCUUGAUUUAUUCUAUAUAGAUUGAGAUGGUAUACAUUACAUCCGCGAUGAUAUACAAAUGCACUGACAAUAGUGUGUCGAUGAAUUUAUAGAUGAACGUAAUUGGGUUUAUCAUUAUUUAUAAACUCGAAAGAUCUGUUAAGUUUCGUAUUAAAUAUAUAACUUAGUUAUAUUUUGAAAUCGUAUUACAUUUUAUGGGAAAUAUUGAUAGAAUUGUAAGGAAAGUCUUUUGAAUUCAUACGAUUCUUAAAGAUUAAUUAUAUUAUUUUCUUUAUUCUGCUACAGUUGCUGCUAAAACGAAAUCUGUGUAUUUAUCAAUAAACAUUGUUUCUAUAAUUCAACAUUUUAGAUAGGAAUAAAUUUAUCGAACAAAAUAGACGAAUUGUAUGUUUGUAUAGAUGUGACACGAUUUUUUUUUCGGAUUUUAGAAAUAGAUCGUGUAAUGUGGAGUAUGUAUAAUGAAUGUUGGAAUUAAGAAUUAUAUUUAACCUGUGGUUUAUUUUCUAAGUAGGACAGGUGUAUAUUUAAAGCCUAGCAACGGCGUUUGGUAGGUAUAUGUUUCUUUUUGUUUUGAUAACUACCUUAAAAACAGUACAAUUACGCACAACCUAUUCGAUUUCCCAAACGUUCACACAAAUUCUGCAUUAAUUUCAGCUUAGUUUAAUAUUUGGGGAUAAAAACCUAUUCCUCUUUGCAUUUAGUACAAUAUUUUAGGUUAUUUUACUUUGAUUUAAGUAUACACCUGCAUCGCAUAACUGAUUUCAAAGAUCUCUGAAUGUUGUUAUUAAGCAUCGGAAAUUAUGAUAGAAUUAUCAACCUGUAUUAUUUGCAUUUCCUAUACACGUUACAUUUAAUACUUAUAUCGAGUAUCCUUUACAGUGUUUAUAAAAUUUUUGUGAUUUGCUGAUAUACAAGUAGCGAUAAUCCGAUGAAAAAUUAAAAGUUGUCUGAAAGAUUGUCCAUCAAAAUGAUGCAUACUCCAUUUUUGUAGGUACUUCAAAAUGGUACAAAACAGUAAGUAAAAAAAAAACGACUGAUUUAUGUCAGUGUUACAUUUAUCUUUAUUGUUGGUUAACAUUCGAUAAUAAUAGCAUUUUAAACUGAGUUUUAGACACCAAUAAUAGUUUCCGUUUUAAGUACCUAAAGAAAUUGAGUUUACGUGGCAUAUAGCCAGUAGUCUUCAUGUGCAUCAGCAAAUCAUCUAUUCAAGUAUAAUCCUAUAAACCCUGUGCUAAAUAGUGUUCAAUUAUAAUUGAAUUAAAAAAAAAGAUAAAUGAUUGUGUGUGCACGAAGCAAUUUUAGACUACUAGCGUGUAAGAGGUCGCACAGACCUCCCUAGUUAGUGCAAUAACUGUACGGUACGAUAUUAAAACAAUCUUAGUAAUUAAGUAUUUCGACUUUUCGAUUGAGAGUGUACAAUCCGAAUAGACUGUAUUGUUACGAUUUCAUUGAAUUGUUUAUGUUUUGACGUCCACUUCAGACACGGUCGGAAACUUCAUAGUUGAUGAGAUAGAAGUUUAUUAUCAGAAUGUUUCGUAAUUACGAAUUAGACGCAAUUAGUUUAUGAAAGUAUAUAAAAAAACUUGAUAUCUCAAUGGAGCCAGUUUGAAAAUGUCAUCUCCAGAGCCAAAAAACGUAAUUUGUCAUGGAAUUGUGAGGAUAUCACACAUCUAUUAACAGGAUAAUCAACUUUAAUAAGCCGACAGACUUCUACCGUUUUAAAGAAGUCGGUAUACUUUGAUAGGUCCAUAAAGCAAAUAGUUCUUACUACACUUAUCCUCCUCCAACAAGAUCAAUCGUCCUUCAUUGAAACCUUAUAUUUUGCUUGAAGGUUAUUUUGCUCUAGAUCCACAUCAUCUGAGUACUAACACCGCGUUUGAAGUGGACGUAAUAUUACGUUAUAUAUACGUUACGUAAUUUAAAUAUUGUUUCGAUUAUUGAAACGUUACUUCCUUUUUGAAUUUAUAUGUGAGUGUUAGUGUACUGUGCCCCGCAAUACACGGCACUGCCCCGUCUCGUUCGGGGAUAGUUAAACAAUAAAUAAAUAAAAAUAUAUACGCGUUUUCAAUGUUAUGUUUUAUAAGCUUUUUGUUUAUACCUUUGUAUGUAAGCCGCUGGGAAUCAUGUGAGUUUUAUUAUUAUAUAAAUUGUUGUAUUGUUUUCUCAUUGAUUUUUAUUGACGGAAGCUUAAAGUGAUUAUAAUUAUCGAUGCUUUAAAUUGUCGUCAAUGAUGAAUAUUGUAGACCCAGUAGGAACUUUUUUUAUUGUAUUGUUAUUCAGUUUUUUAGUAUCUCCUUUUAACAGGAUUAAUAUUUUUUUUGUUUGGUCUUUUACGUUUUUUAUUUCAGGUUUUUAUUUUCUUUACUUACAGAUUUCCUUUUCUCCUGCAUGUGUAAUCCCCAUAGACUUUAUUUAUUUUGAGAAUG